CGAGUAAACUCUACAGUUACAAGUCUCUCUAACUUCUAAUUCACGGUGUCUUAUUACUGUGGAGAACGGAAGUGACUCGGCCCAUGGUCGUGGGUCUGUCAACACCUCGUCGUGCUUAAGUAUCUAGUUUGCUGUUUGGGGCGAGAGUGGAAGGGACGAUGUUCGCAACUUCCCCAUUCCUGAGGGUCUCCUGGGGCUCCCCAAAUAUCUCCCUACCAGUGUGUUUUGCUGGCGCACAGCACGUUAGUUUCCGCCAGCAGGCUGCCUGUAUAUAGCAGCAAAGCUUUGUGUUUUCCCUCCAAAGGAGCGCCGGGGCACACCCGGCCCCUGACUCAAACGACAACCUUGGUGGCGAGAGCUCGGUGUCGGAGUUUGUUUCACUUCUCCUUACCAGGGACGGCGCACCGUUCCUACACAGUUGAGUCAUUUGCGUGUGACCUGAGACGGGUGCUACUAUAAUGAUGGAUGACUUCCAUAUCGGGGGACGCCAUGGGUGUUAGUUUACAGAACUGGCUGACAAAGCAGCCCGUUGGACGAUAAACCAGAGGACUCCAACUCGUGGACGGACGACUCUACUCUGGACAGGGACGCGAAACUGGUUCCCGCGCGGCCCAAAUAUUCUCCCACGGUGACUCCCACUUGCAGAUUCUGCCGUCGUCCUCAUCAAAUUUGCGACAGGUAUCUCCACGCUACAGAUCUGACCUCGUUGCCGCCACCAGGAACGAUACGAUGACCCACCAGGUGCUGUGUACGUUGUUGUGGUCCCUGGUGUUGUGUGUGGUGGUGAGGUCGAGCCUGGGUGUGGCCCCGGGUGUAGACCCCUACACCUCGCCACCAACAUCUGAUAAAGACGUCUUGGCUGAGGGAGGGGCGGCGUCUUCUCUGGAGGACCACCAGCUGAGGAAAAGAUUCAUCUGGACGCUAACUCAGGAACCUUACUUCUACGGAAAGUAUGGUAGAGUGAGCGGCGAAGAGGGACAAGAGCAUCUAGGAGAUGGUGCCGGAUCAGAGAUGCUGCCCGAGGCUAUGGGUCUCCGAAACCCAACCUCCAUGCAUAAACGGCUCUACCCUCGUUGGUACCAGGCCUACGUCUACAAGAACCCAAGCUUCAACCAGGUGGCAGGACCAGUGGGUGAGCGCAAGAGGUUCCAGCCUUUCCAUCCACUGGCCAGAUUCCGGGGUCUAGCCUUGGGUGCUACACAGUACUCGAAUGGCUACCAUGCUAUCCCCGACAUGCCCCUUGCUGACCACACUGGUCAUCGCCUCCCAACAGCACCCAAUGCACAUCCUUCCAAGUACGAGAGCCAGGAAGAUGUGCCUGAUGAGGAAGAGGUCGGGCAGCAGGUGAGGGCUGGAGACCUGCUCCAGUUCCUCAAGACCAUCGCAAGUGACCGGGGUCUCUCCACCCACACUAAGGGAUUCAGGUUUGGCAUCAGCAGGAGGAAAUAGAUGGCUGCGCUCCUCAGCCUCUGGUUACUGUGACCUCGGUCAUGCCUGCUCACCUAUUCGUCAAAGGCCCCCCAGCAACUGAACGUGCCCAUAGAGUUUUGGGAAGAUGGUUUGCAUAAAAGAAAAUUACUUAAGGUGGCAGUGUUGUAAUAAGGUUGAUAGAACACUCGCUUGUUGUUAUGGUUGUCAUUGAUUCGCAAAAAAUGUAACUAGCAGAAUUGGUCACUGACAAGUUUUCAGUUAUACCAUUUCUUGACAAAUGGUUUCAAAUAUUUAAAGGGACUUGCUUAACCUUAAAUUUAAAUGACAAUAGUGUUAGUUGCACAGUUAUGGUGCUGGGGAUGCAAUAGUGGUAACACCCAUGUGCAUGGCAGCUAUCGUGUAUUAACUGUGCAGUAAAAUGUAUCGCUUCGCAAGAUGCUAAUAAAUUUACAUCAAAUA